AGCUAGAGCGCCAUGGCAGAACUGCCUCUGAGUCCUGUCACUUUGCCUAGCGACUACGUCAUAAGAGGCGUCCAGGUACUAGAGACGAAGACCCUCGGCCAGGGCUCGUACGGAGUGGUCUACAUGGGCAGGUACCGCGGUCUCCUCUGUGCCGUCAAAAAGCUCAAGAAGUUCGUGACUGAGAACGGCCUGGACCAGCUGGGCGAGUUGGUCCUGCGGAGCUUCUACAACGAGAGCGAUAAACUCUGCAAACUCCGUCACCCAAACAUCGUUCAGCUGUUGGGCCUCUACCAGGACGAGGAGACUCGUCUGCCCGUCAUUGUGAUGGAGCUAAUGCACGAGAGCCUCUCGCGACUGCUCUACCGCACCAAGUCCCUCCCGCUCUACAUCGAGGUGAACAUCGUGCACGACGUGUCGCUGGCUCUUGCCUACCUCCACGCUCUCGAGCCGCCCAUCGUCCACCGAGACCUGUCCAGCAACAACAUCCUACUGAGUCAGGAGUUUCGGGCCAAGCUCACGGACCUCGGCGUGGCAAAGGUUGACAACGGCUCGUUUCUCAACUGGAACAACACCCCAGCUCCUGGUACCCUAGCCUACAUGCCGCCAGAGGUCCGCAGGAUCCCGGCCCAUCUCUCACCGGCCAUGGAUGUAUUUGCACUCGGAGUGAACCUCCUGCAGAUAUUGACUCACAAGCACCCAGAACCAGGCCCAGAGCUGGCAUCUGGGGUCCUCGGGUUCAGUAAGAUGGUCCCAGAGAGAGAGCGACGGAGAGACCACAUUGGUUUGGUCAGCAAGUCACACGUACUGCGGCCACUGUUGUUGGAGUGCAUAAAGAACGGUGGUAAGGAUCGUCCAACUGCAGGCAGACUCAGUCAACAGCUGGAGCAGGUGAAAACGGCCAAGAGCUAUCUGGACAGCUUACAAGUGGCAAAUAUCGAACUGGACCAGAUGUCAGCAGCAUUGCAGAGGAUUGCAAAUCUCGAGCGAAGAGUAGAAGACCUCUCACAGGAACUAUCAGAUAAGACUAAGGAGCAGGAAAAGACUUCAGAAAAAUUAAAAGAAGAACAGGAGUUUACAGCUCGCCUAUUGAGUGAGAGAGCACAAGCACAACUGAACGAGGAGCUAAGUCAAAUGGAUCGUGGUAGCCAGGCUUCACCCAGUUUACCAAAAGAGGUAGGUAUCUAUCAAUUCAUGUACCUGGUCCGUGCUCAGUGAACUCUGUGUCCCAGGAGGUGAAUGUUGCCACUAAUAAACAAGCAAAGGCAAAGAGAAGGUUGCCAUUCAACCUAAGGAGGUUCAGAAGAGCUGGCAAAAACUCUCCUCUUUCAGACCACACUCCAAAUCAAACUCAAGAUACUAGCAGUUCUCCUCUGCCAGAGUCUGACCUUGACAGUGAAGAUGACCUGCCAGACAAUCUGGACGAGGAGGACCGCACGACCGAACAGCCUCUGGUGGAGGUGUACAAACAGCGUCAACUAGUCUGGACGAGCCACAAGUGUCUCCCGUGUGGCCUCCAAGGUUCCACACUCCGACUCCACCACUGCGACCAGAGACUCUUCCUCUGUGGAGGAGCGAGAGAGGACUCUACUCCAAACAGAGAGGUCCUUAUCUCUCGCGUCGACACCAUCUCCAGUUGGGAAGUUCUCAAACCUAAUCCACCACAGUACCACUCGGCCUCGGUCAUUAUCCACAACCAGCUAGUACUAGUGGGCGGACUUGACCCAUCAACCAAUCAAUGUACGGGAGCUCUGUCCAGCUAUGACAGUAAGAGUGGGACUUGGGUGUGCAGUUUUCCUCCCCUGCCGACCCCACG